UGGCAGAGGGGGGUGGAGGACACUGAGUGGAGGCCAGUGGAGGGAUUGGCAGAGGGGGGGGGGGGGGGGGGGGAGGACACUGAGUGGAGGCCAGUGGAGGGAUUGGCAGAGGGGGGUGGUGGAGACAGAGCGGAUGGACUGAAGCGGGGAUAGCCUGUGGCGAGGCAGGCCAGUGAGGAGGGAGUUGCAGUAGUUGAGUCGUGAUAUGAUGAGGGAGUGGAUGAGCUGUUUAGUGGUUUCUGGGGUUAGGAACGUGCGGAUUUUGGCGAUGUUGCGGAGGUGGAGUCUGCAUGUUGCGGAGGUGGAGUCUGCAUGUUGCGGAGGCGGAGUCU